AUGGCAGCUACGAAUGUCGCAAGGGCAGUCACACCAAGCCACCCGGAUAUUACAUACACUCCCGAUUAUGCAACGUACCUCGCACGGACUAAGAGAAGAGUGAACACUGAGAAAUUGGGCAAGCGCUUGCCACCAGGCUGUCCUCUGGAGCUACAGUCUAAGCUCGUAUGGAAUGGUGGAGACACUAUAGAGCGAUACAAUUGGGUUCACGAGUUAACCCCAGCCGAGUUUCACGAAAUCGAGAUAGCAUUGCAGCACUUCAAAUCUCUCGAAAGGCCCCUAGUUCUCCGCGGGCUUCUGGUAGACAAAAAAUGCUGCGAGGAGAAUGUAGUUAUUUAUGCUGGCCUAGCUUUACAUAUUACGCUAAGCAAGUUGGGCAGUAGCUGGAGAGUGUACAACGAGCUCGCAUCUACCCGACCGGACCUAGUGCAAACGUUAGCAGAGCCAUGGCCUACAGAGGUAUUCGACGAGAAAGCUAAAUCGUACGUGAAUCGCCCAUUACUCUACUAUCAACCCAGGACAGAUACCGCUCCAGAGAGAAUGAUAGUUCAGUAUGCUCGUCGCUACUUCACCAGUGCUGAAGCCCUUGAUGCCUUACACUUCCUUGUGGAUAAGUACGCUCUCGCGCUAGACUUCCAAAAAGGUGGUGUGCAGUUCGUGAACAAUCUAUCCAUCUUCCAUACUAGAGACGGAUUCACAAACACAGAGGCACAGCAGCGGCAUUUGGUGAGACUGUGGUUGAGAGACUCGGAACUUGCGUGGAAGACUCCAGAAGGGUUGGAAGGGAGAUGGGAUAAGGUAUAUGAGGGAGUGAAGGAGGGGACCCAGGCGUCCGAAUUUGCACUCGUAUAUGUCUCUUCGUGA